AUGUUUACUAAUUUCUAAACAAGAUUGCCAUAGGAAUUUUGUCUUCAUCAUGUUAACUAAAGAACAGAAUUCAUUCAUUUCAAAGAGAAUGAAUAAAAGGUUUAUUAUUACUGCACUUUCUGCAUAAAUGAAAACACCUAACUCCAUGGCAAGGUUGAAUCAAUAUAAAGGGUUGCUUAUGAGAUUGAAAGCAAUCUGAAGAUAGCAUAUUAUCCUGUUUUAGUCCAACUUUCAAAGCAGGAGAAAAUAAUAAGGAAUUUUUAAAAUGACUUCAUGAGAAUUUUUGAGAAAUGGAAAAAAUAUAUUUAAGAAUUACAGGACAAAUGUCAAUUCUAUGAUUUUGAAGAGCAAAUAAAACUAUUUUAUUUUGAUUUAAAUAAUCCGUCGACCUCAGAAAAAUAAAAAAAAAUUAUUUUAUUGAAAAUGUAAGCUGAAAAAGAAAGUCAAGUUCUCAAAAUUCAAUAAGAAAUAGAGUAAAUUAAAAUUUCUCUAAUAUAAUUCAAGUAAGAAAAUACAAUUAAGAUGGGGUUGAACUAGAAUCAAUAUCAAAUUUAUAAACUUAUAGGAGAAGCAGAAUAACAAUAAUAUCCUUGUGGAAUAUAAAUUUGUAAAAAUUUUAUGAUGGCCAGUAGUGAAUAAGAGGUCAAAAUAUGGUAACUAUAAAAAUCAGAUAUUGAUAAUACGAUGUAAAUUAAGGAGAUAGAAAGAUUUAAUUAUCACAAAGGUAGAAUUUUAUGUUCUGUUUACAGUAAAAAAAUAGACUGGUUUGCUACAAGUGGGUGUGAUGGAGAAAUAUUUUGUUCCAAACUAGUUGGCAAUAAAUGGGUCACUGUAAAUUCAAAGAAAUAUCAUCAUUCUAGUGUUUACACAUUGGUUUUAAAUAAUAAGGAAGAUUAAUUAUUUUCAGGAGGAUUCGAAGGUAAAGUAGGGAUUUGGAACAUUAAUUUAGAAAAAAACACUAUCACCUUUUCAUAUGAAUUAUUAGAAUCUUAAUGGAGUAUAUACAGUUUAUGUAUUAACCCAUCAGAUACAUGUCUAGUUUUAUCUAAGCUUGAUUAAACUCUAGUUCUUUGGACAAAAAAUAGCCAGACUUAACAAUAUGAAUAUUCUGAUAAACAUUCAAUAGAUAAUACAGGCUAUAGAUCUAAUUUUAUAAAUGAGGAUAAACUUGUUAUCUAAUAUUCCCAAAAAGAUAUCACAGGAGUAUUCAAUAUAAAAAAUAACAAAAUAAUUGAAAGAAAGGAUUUAGAGUUAGAAUUACAUGACGCAGAAGUCGAUGGAGAUUAUUUAUUUCCAACUAUUUAUAAUUCAUAAAAAUAAGUAUUAAUAUAAAAAUACGGUAAAUAUGUAUAUGUCAUUUAACAACUAUCUAAUGAGAAGUUAUAAAUUAUUUAAACUAUAGAUUGUUAAGAUAAUUUCAAUUAUGGAAAUUUAAGUGACGAUGGAAAUAUUUUAGUUAUUUGGGAUUCUACUUCUAAAAAAUUUAAAAUAUAUUCUAUUUAGAUGUAAACUUACAAUUCCAUUUUUUUAAAUUCAGAAUAUAAUAGUUUCUAAAAUACUGAAUUUUCUAAAAGAGAGGAUUGA